AUGCUUAAUUACAGCUGUGUCAACCGUGUCUAUUAUGCCUACGCAAGUGUAGGCCCAGAUGGCAGUGUGUUUGUUGUGUUGUCACUUGGGGGAGCAACGUGCUCCAGUGUUUUUCCUGCUGUUGCCGGGAAUGCCCAUUUGCGAGAAAAUUUGGCCCGUUCCGCCUUGGGACUGGUAGAGGCAUCUGGUUUAGACGGGAUUGACAUUGCAUGGGAGUAUCCUUGCAGUGUCGAGCAGGGCAAUGACUUUCUGGCUCUGUUGGCAACAAUUCGACUACACUUGGCUGAGGAUCGACACAUUCUUACUGCCGCGCUUCCGGCAACCAAAACAGUGCUGCAAUUCAUUGACUUCAGCCUAGCUGCCAACUAUCUGGAUGCCAUCAACCUCGUGGCUUAUGACUUCUUUGGCAUGUGGACGCCAAUAAGCGGUCAUCAUUCUCAAUUGUACGCAAUGUCUGGAGAGGAGCCUUCUGGUUCAUCAGGUGUCGCGCAUUUGAUGUCUCAUGGAUUUCCUUCGGGUAGGAUCCUGCUUGGUAUUCCUACAUAUGGCCGCAGCUUCCAGCAUGCCACUGGGCCGGGCCAAAACUUCAAGGGGGCUGGCGGAGACGAUGGCACAUUCGAAUAUGACCAGCUUCCUCGGAAAGGAUGCAAGGAGUCGGUGGACAAGCGACGCAUUUCGGCGCAGUGCGUGGGAGGUGACGGGGGCUUCGUGACAUAUGACAACCCCGAUACGGUCAAGGCAAAGGCAGCAUUUGCGAAGCAAAAGGGACUGGGUGUGAGUGGUCUCAAACGAGGGUUCAUGUUGCGAGCAAGGAAAUUCAAGCCGUUGUUGUGCUAA